AUGAGUCUCCGAGGAAGAGAGUACCACUAUUACUACGAAGACGAAGAAGACGAAGAACUUGAUACAGUCUCACGGGCGUCUGAACCCCGAUCUUCAAACGGUGGAAGUUACUAUAUUAAACGCUACGUCAUUGCGCCCGACUCCCGUUCCCACCGAGACGAUUCUGGAAGCGAGAUCUUGCCCCGCCGCCUUAGUACGAUGGACCGUCGCCAGGAGUAUGAAUAUGUUGACAUCGACCGCGAAUCUGAGGAGUACACAGCGUAUCGGGGGUCAACCUAUUCUCCCCAUGAGGAUGAAUACCAGGUUGUUCGUCAUCAUUCUGAUGGCAUAGAGGAUCGCACUGUGUUCCAUCGAUCACCCCAUGACACUGAUUACUGGUAUGAGCGCCGCAUUCGAGAAUAUGAUGAGGACCCCCGAGACUACGAUGACCGCUACUCGGACCGCUAUUCAGAUCGUUAUUCGGAUAGUCGAUCAAGCCUAGGACAUCGUCGUCGACAUCAUCGCCAUGAUCGCGAUUACGAAAGCGACGACGAGCAUGAUCAUCAUCGUAGGCACAUGGCAGAAGGCGCUCUUGCCGGUGUCGGUGCCGCAGAGUUAUGGCGGCGCAAUAGCAGAAAGGAUCACGGCAAAGAACAUUCUGGCACUCUUUCACGCCUAACGAAGGACCUUGGCGCUGGGGCAGUGGGCGCAUAUGCUGUGGACGCCAUAUCCAGACACCGAAGCAAAUCUCGUCGUCGCGCUGACUCUCUAGAUCGUGGACGUGAUCGCGAGCAUUACAGCCAUAGGCAUCGAUAUCAUAGCAAACAUCAUCGCAGCCGGUCUCGCCGCCAUCGUUCUCGUUCCUCUUCAUCUCAUUCGCGUACGAAGACGCUUGCUGGCCUCGGGAUAGGCGCAGCUGCUAUUGCUGGCGCCGUAGCAAUCGCCCAUAAGCAUGCAGAGAACAAAGCAGAGAAAGAAAAUGCACCUAAGUCUGAGAAACAUCGCGGCCGAAAGAGCCACUCCCGACACCGUCGUCACCGCCGGGAUUCACAGUCUACCCAAUCUUACUCAUCUGACACAGAAGAUUCGGAACAGCGACGCAAAAAGUCUUCUGAGCAUCGCAAUCAGCGGAUGGCUGAAGCCGGUCUUGCCGGUGCUACAGUAGCGGGAAUUGUUGAACAUGCUCGCAGCAAGUCACGCUCCCGCAGAGGCCAUCGUUCCAGGUCUCGUUCUCACAGCCGAAUCAGGCAGGGUAUACCCAUUGCUGCUGCAGGACUGGGUAGUGCAGCUAUUGCUGCAAUGUAUGAGAACAACAAGCAGAAAAAAGCUGAAAAGAAACAUGAAAUGGAGAAAGAAGAACGACGUCGCUCUCGUUCGCGCUCCCGACAUCGACGAUCGCAGUCAACUUCAUCGUACUCAGAUGCCACGCGAAACAUGGCAGGUCUUGACAUCAACGACAGAUCUCAACCUCCAGAACUAAUUCAGUAUGGCGACGAUCCUGUCUACGGUCGUAUCCCGGCCGCAGAUUAUUAUGGCCGCCCUGAUCAGCCUCGGCUAGAAGAGCCAUCACGCAGACGCAAGAGUCGCAACCGCUCGAGGCAUGACUCUUACAGCGAUUCAACCGAAUACGCUGGGUCUGAUAGUGAAGAGCGACGCCGAAGAAGGAAGGAUAAGAAGGACAGACGUGAAAACCGUUCACGUAGCCGUCAUGGAAAUGGAAAUCUUGCCGCAGGGCUAGCUGCCGCUGGCCUAGCUGCGGGAGCUGGCUAUGCAGGACACGAAUAUGCAAAACACCACCGUGAUCAGAAGCAUAGCAAUGGCCGUGCCGAAUAUGAUAGAGACUACCGUGACCCAUAUGAAGAAGAAUAUCCGUCCCCUCCUGGCCCACCUCCGGGGCCUGCUUCAUAUCAACCCCCAGCAGCGCAGGAGUACUAUGGUGUUCCUCCUCCUUCAGGACCACCUGGGGGACGGGGAUAUCCUCCUCCACCAGGGCCUCCACCUGGGCCAGGUUACUUUGGUGGUCCAGGGCCAGGGGGCCCUCCAGUAUAUCGGGGAGAUGAGAAUGUUCCACAGCCAUCUCGCCAACACCAGAAUGGAUACGGAGAAAAAGGAGUAGAGGGGAAUGGAACUUCAGAGAGAUCCUUAUUUGAAUCGCCUCCGUUAAGCCCAGUUCAAAAUUAUAAUCGCCCGUUAUCUGAGUUUUCAUCGUCCUCGUCACUGCCUCUGCCGCACUCUCACGAGCCAAAGAAUGACAAGGUACCUACCCGUCGGAAGUCUGUCCAGUUUAACCUUCCAUCAUCUUCCUCGUGCGACGGGUAUGAAAGUGACGACAACGAUUCUGCUUCUGAUUCCGAUGCAACAAUUGAUCACGACAGACGAGUUCAUACUAAAGAUCACCGUUACUCCAAUUCUCCUUCUUCUUCGCAUCAUUCCGGUGACCGUGGGUAUUACACUGAUAGCAACAGCGUGUCAUCAGCUUCCUCCCUUGCCACAUCCGAUUCCACUUAUGAGCAUUCCCGUCGCUCCGAACACUAUGAUCCUUCUCCUGAGUAUCACAAACCACCAAUACAUUCCCAGCGCGAAACCGACCCUGAUUCCGACUCUACUAUUGAGCUGCCUCCUAGAUUCGAUGAACACGGUCGGUUACUUGAUAGAUCACCUCCACGCCGGCCACCUUUUCUCGGAGAGAGAGGGUUGGUUUGA